UUAUGAUUUACCUGAUAGAAUGUUAUUUAUUCACGGUAAUCCUCACACACAUUAUUCUUAUCCAAUCGAAGCAGGACUAUGUGUUCGUGAUGAUGUAUAUUAUGCAAAUAUUAAUAGUUUUUGGAUUGACAAUCGACGAUGGACUGCAUGGAAUCGUGAUCGAAUGGAUGAAAUUUCUUUGACGUAUACAUGUGCUGCACGUUUGUUGACCUUAUUAGGUUUUGAUGCAGAAGCUCAACUUAAUCCUGAUAGUUUAAAACCAAAAGAUAAAGGUCUUAUUUCAACCUUGUGUUGUGCACAGUUUUAUGUGAGAAAAGAACGUAUUCAUCAUUAUACAUAUGGACAAUGGGCAGCACUCUACAAUGUAAGUCUUCAACCACAUUGUAUUACAACGGAUCCUACUCAUGAAGUACUAAGAAGACCUGAUUUAAAAUGGUUUAGUCAAAGUUUUGAACACUUAUGGCAUGUUAUUCUUGGACUUGAUGCAACAAAUAUGCCACCAUUGAAACGAAAAACAAAUACGGAUCCAUGUCAUCUAUUUCGUUCAUCAUGUAAAGGAUCACCAUGUUCGAAAUAA